CUGGUGUUGCUGACGCACAGCCUGCCGGGAUAAUCCGAGCCCCCGUACCAUGGGCGCCGGUAUGAGGUUGUAGUUUUUGUGUAUCCCAUGACAAGCCAUCUCUGCCAUGAUGCCGUCACGCAACAACGCAGCAUCAGGAAUACCAAACAGUAAAGUGAAGUACUCCAAGCUCUCUGAUACAGAUGAUGGAUACAUUGACCUUCAGUUUAAGAAGAGCCCUCCAAAAAUCCCAUACAAAGCCAUUGCUCUGGCAACAGUGCUGUUCUUAAUUGGUACUCUACUCAUUGUCAUUGGGUCUCUGCUUUUAGCCGGAUAUAUCAGCCCUGGGGGAAAUGAACGAGCAAUCCCAGUCCUGAUUAUUGGCAUACUGGUUUUCCUGCCUGGCUUUUAUCAUCUGCGCAUUGCGUACUAUGCCUCCAAAGGGUAUCGAGGUUACUCCUACGACGAUAUUCCAGAUUUUGAUGACUGAUAAUCCAACGUACAUUGUGUGGAUUAGGACAUUGCUGUGCCCUAGUAGGAGUAGACUUACUUUAAGAGAGACCAGUUAAUGCAGAGGACACAUAUUGCAUAGGUCUAAGAAUUUGUUUGUAAGCAACAACAUAAGGGUUCCCGGCCCUAGAUUUACUCUUAGUUAAAAAUCAGAGCAAAAUAAACAGGUUGUGGGGCAAUUGGCACGAACCAAUCAACUGGCAGGAGGUUUCUGACUUAACAUAGUUCUGUAUGAAAAUACUUGGAAAAGUUUCAGAUGAAUGAGGGUAAAUUGGUGGAAAUCAUUAUUCUGCCAUACUAAUUACUAUAUAAAUCAAUUGCAAAUGCAGUUUUUAUUACAUUACAUUUUUAAGGGGAAAUAAUACCCUGUUUAUAAUGUUUAUUGUAUUUUUCCUAAAAAGGACAGGGAAAGGUAUUUGGUGUGCACAGGACAUUCCUUAUUUGCAUGUUAAAUUCCCUUUGAUUUGUAAUAUUACUGUACUGUAAAGAUGUAUAGCCAUGCUUGUAGUAUAGCACUUUAUAAAUAAAAAUACAGUAUAAGUA